GCUCCCUGCCGCUCCCGGAAGCUCCCUCGGACGGGGAGACGUGUCGCUGCGGCGUCGCCGGCGCUGCCAUGGCGGAGCCGAGCCGGCUGGAGCAGCUGGAGCGGCGUGUGCGGGAGCUGGAGGAGGAGCUGGCCCGGGAGAGGAGCGGGCGGCGGCCGCCGCGGGCCCGCAUCGAGAGCAUGAGCCCGGAGGUGACGGACUCCAACCCCUACAGUCGCUUGAUGGCAUUAAAAAGAAUGGGAAUUGUCAAAGACUAUGAGAAAAUUCGUACCUUUACAGUUGCAGUAGUAGGUGUAGGUGGAGUUGGCAGUGUGACUGCUGAAAUGUUGACAAGGUGUGGCAUUGGUAAGCUGCUUCUGUUUGAUUACGACAAAGUGGAACUGGCAAACAUGAACAGACUCUUCUUCCAACCUCAUCAAGCUGGAUUAAGUAAAGUGCAAGCAGCAGAGCAUACUUUGAGGAAUAUUAAUCCUGAUGUUCAAUUUGAAGUACAUAACUACAACAUCACAACACUGGACAACUUUGAACACUUCAUGGAUAGAAUAAGUAACGGUGCGCUAGAGGAAGGGCAGCCUGUCGAUCUUGUUCUAAGCUGUGUGGACAACUUUGAAGCUCGCAUGGCUAUUAACACGGCCUGCAAUGAACUUGGACAAAUCUGGAUGGAAUCUGGAGUGAGUGAAAAUGCAGUGUCAGGCCAUAUACAGCUGAUCAUACCUGGUGAAUCUGCUUGUUUUGCGUGUGCGCCUCCACUUGUAGUCGCUGCAAAUAUUGAUGAAAAAACAUUAAAACGAGAAGGAGUUUGUGCAGCUAGUCUUCCUACAACUAUGGGUGUUGUGGCAGGAAUUCUCGUACAAAAUGUUCUGAAAUACCUGUUAAAUUUUGGUACCGUGAGUUACUAUCUUGGUUACAAUGCAAUGCAGGAUUUCUUUCCAACUAUGUCUAUGAAGCCAAACCCACAAUGUAGUGACCAAAAUUGCAGAAAACAGCAAGAAAAUUAUAAGAAAAGAGAAGCUGCACAACCAAAACAGGAAGUAAUUGAACAGAAAGAAGAAAUAGUACAUGAAGACAAUGACUGGGGCAUCGAAUUAGUAUCAGAAAUUUCAGAAGAUGAGCUGAAGGCUGCAUCUGGCCCAGUACCUGAGCUUCCUGAGGGAAUUACUGUAGCUUAUACUAUCCCAAACAAGGAAGAGAACUUGGUAACUGAGGAAACGGUAGCAGAGUCUGAAGAAAGCCUAGAAGAACUCAUGGCCAAAAUGAGAAACAUGUAGCAAAACAAAUAUGAAGUACAACUUCUGGGAGUUUGGAUUGACAUUGGAUUUUGAGAAGACCAGAUGUCUUCCCCCCCCCCCCCUUAUUUUUACCUCAACUGAAGCUUAUUUUUACCUUUCUGAUGAAACGGAACUGUUACAGGGACAGGAAGGGAACAGACUUAACGUUGUUUAUAUUCUGUUGUCUAUUCAUGUCUUUAACAUAAAAGAGUUGUGCUACUGUAAAUUUUAAUUUCUCAGCAUUGCUAGUGUCCAGAUACUCAGUUUAUCCAUCUCCUUUUAUUAUUUAUCAAAAGCAGGUGUAGCAUGUUAUAUGCAGUAUCAUGCAACGAGAACAGUACAUGGUAUAGGACAAGUGAAAGAUGGAAUCUGCUGGAGUUGGACUGAGGAGGUUAAGGGCAGAUGCUAGUGCCUCAUUCAGAUUGCUGCUCCUGAUUUUCCAGGCACUUGUACUCUGUUGUUGUUCACUGUUGUCCAAAUUCUUGGCAUGGAUUGUGCUGUGGUUACUUUUUCUGAGUAAACAGAACAUUUCAGCCUUUUUAUCUGCCUUAAAUAUCUCUGGGAUGGAUUUUUUUUUUUAAAUGCCUCUGGUUUUAUCAGUGUUUUACUACUGCUUGUUCUUAAGUAGCUGCCUAUAUGUUUUGCAUGUGAUAAUGCUUUGAGUAUGCUGCAACAAGGCGAAGUCUUCUGUCAGUAAUUACACUAGCAGGCUGGGUAUUAGUAUGUCACCAUUUCAGCCAGCAGAUGCUUUUCAUGACAAAAUUUUUUCAAGACUCACCAGCAACACUGGAAAGAAGAGAUUUUAUCUAUCUUUUUGAAAACCUAAAUUUUUUUUUUUUUUGGUUAUUAGAAGUUUAGCUAUAAUUCUGAUCCAUCCCCAUCACAUGAGCUAGAUUAAUGAAUAUAAUUAAUCAGAGUUUGCAUGGGAAAGCUUCUAAAAUUAAGUGCUCUAAACUUUGUUUGGUGUUGCAAGUAUCUUCAGGGGAGUAGCUUAGCUAUUAUAUUUGUCUUGUGAAUAACGUUAGUACAGUCAUACUACCUUUUAAAUUACCAUGCAUCAAACUGACCUGUAAAUGUACCCUGCUGAACUGGAAGGAUCAAUUUCACACAUUUUAACUACUGUGGGUGUCUGACCCAGAACUUGAUCAUUACUUAGAUUUGGCUUAGUCAUAAUUUCUUAUUUUUUUUCAAAAUUUGGCUUAGAAACGUAAAUUUCAGCCUUUGCGGUGCAAAAUAAUACAAGUAUCUCUAACUUGGGCUGUUCAUAAAACCUUUCCACAGCAUGAUAACAGCCACCGCAGAACCAGCUGGCAAUGGUAGUAGCAGCAUCCAACCAACAUGUAAGAAGACAGUGAUAUUGCAGAGGUGCUUCUGUUUCUUAGGGCAGCUGAAUGAUUAAUUACUUAAAUGUUUGAUUUCUAAGCAGUGGUUACAAAUGUCAAGAUCUGGUUUCUCCACAGCUAAGACUGUAUUAUAUACAUACAAAUCCUCACUACAUUCAGAGAUUGGGGUUUUGGUUGGCAUUUUGGUGUGGUCCAUUAUACUGUAAAAUGGAAGUGAUUUUUUUUGGAUUAAGUUCAGUUUUGGAGAAACCAGAUUUUAGAAUUGAACUGUAAAGAGGGAUGGGAAAUAGAAUAAUGAGGUCAUUAAAAAGGUGCAUAAUUGAAUCUAUGUCACUAAGUCUACAUUAGUUUGAUCCAAGUGUCAAUUUAAGUGUUACUUAGGUUUCUUUGUGACUUUACCUUUCCAUUGAGAACAAUAGAAGUGAGACACGCACCUGGCUCCUAUAACAGCCCAGAUAAUCCUGACUCUUAAUUAUUUGGCUGACAUAGAAUUGUAGAACUAUUUAGGUUGGAAAAGGCCUUUAAGAUCAUUGAAUCCAAACAGAAGAAAUUUUUCCUCAGUGCUAUCACAUGACUGACAGUCAGCUUUACAAGAGGCAAUUGUUUACCAUUUUACUUCACGUACAGUUUUAUGACCAAAUAAAUACACUUUUAUAUGCUUAUUUACAAAGUAUGCAAAAUGGGUCUCUUGUUACUUUCAGCUUGUAUAUAUAAGAAGAAUUGGAAACAAUUAGAAAAUACAUUAAGAUGACUGUAUGUGCCAGUGGUUAAAAUUAUUUUAAAAUAAACAUCAAAGACAGAA